CAUCCGCCAGGAACGGUUGCUCUCGUCGUUGUGAGGAGCCAGUGAAACGCUCCUUUUGCCGUUUUACACCUCAUUAUUUUAGCAUCUGCAGCAACCAUGUCUUCAGCUGAGUCUCUGAGAGAGUUCAUCAGCGAGCGGUUAACUGCUGCUGCUGAAGAAAUAUUCUCGGAGUUUGAGAGAACCAUCGUCCGGUACGAAGAGGAGAUCGAGCGUCAGCGCAGACUGCUGGACAUCACCGGGAAACCUGGAGCCCCUGGAGCCCCCAGAGAUGCAGCAGGUACCGGGAAACCUGGAGCAGAUGUCCUGCAGCAUUCCCUGUGUAAGGAGGAGGAAGAUCUGACUGACCAGAGCUGUAACCGAGAGGAGACCUCCAGUCUGGACCAGGUGGAACCAGAACCUCCACAGAUUAAAGAAGAGCAGGAGGACUUUGUACUGAAGGAGGAAAUCGACACCUUCAUGGUGACUCCAGUUUAUGAGGAAAGUGACCACAGUGAACCAGAACCUUAUCUCAAUUCUCAGCUCCUCUCUGAGAUCUCCACUGAAGCUGAGAACCCAGAUCAGGACGCAAGCGGACAUGAAGACCUUCAAACAUCAGAAAACACUGAGAUGACGCCAAAGAAGAAAUGUCACAGAAGUCACCAUAAGAAAGUGACCGGUGACAUUCAGUGUAGCCCUGACGCAGGGGACUCAUCUGUUAAAUGUGAAGUUUGUGAAAGAACAUUUAAACAUAUCUCAGAAAUGAAGCGACAUUACCGAAUCCACACAGGUGAGAAACCGUUUACAUGUAAAAUAUGUAAGAAAUCAUUCAGGUACAAUUUUAAUCUGUUGGCGCACAUGAGAACACACACAGAUGAGAAGCGACACUUUUGUACAACCUGUGGGGAAGGAUUCUUUUUUGCAUCCGUACUCAAAAAGCACACAGCAGUCCACACAGGGGAGGUGUUUCCUUGUGACAUCUGCGGUAAAAGUUUCCCUCACGAUAGCAGUUUGUCGCGACACAUGAGAAGCCACACAGGUGAGAGGAUGCAUCCUUGCAUAAUAUGUGGCAAAUCUUUCCCUCACAACAGUAACUUGUUACGACACAUGAGGACUCACACGGGCGAGAAACCGUAUCCCUGCGAAACCUGCGGUAAAAGCUUCACCAGCAGCAGUAAUCUGCUGGAGCACAUGAUAACUCACACCGGCGAGAGGCCGUACCUGUGUAAGAUGUGUGGGAAGAGUUUCACCCAGAGGAGCAGUCUGAACGUCCACAUGAGGAUUCACACGGGAGAAAAACCCUUUUCCUGCAAAAUGUGUGAGAAAAGUUUCACCAGAAAGUGUCAUUUGUUGAACCACGUGACGACUCACACGGGCGAGAAGCCAUUCCAGUGUAAGAUUUGUAGUAAAAGUUUCAGUAAAAGCUGGAGUUUGUACGUCCAUAUGAAAAUUCACACUGAUGAGAAAUGAUUUAUUUUAAAAAACAUGUAAGAAAGAUCUCAAAAAUUUGUUUCAGCACAUGAGAAUUCACAUAAGUGAGAAAUCACUGUACAAUACUAUAGUACUAUUGAAUACUGUUUUUACCUAAAUAUAAUAAUGACUUGGUUUUAUAUAGCGCCCUUCAAGGCACCCAGAGCUUUACAGAGAUCAUUAUUCAUUCAUACACAUUCUCACUGGUGGUGGUAGCUACGUUUGUAGCCACAGCUGCUACGUUUGAAGCCACGGCUGCUACAUUUGUAGCCACAGCUGCCCUGGGGCAGACUGAUGGAAGCGUGGCUGCCAUAUCGCGCCAAACGGCCCCUCUGACCACCACCAACAUUCAUACACAUUCAGACACAUUCACACGGAGCAAGGUGGGUAAGGUGUCUUGCCCAAGGACACUACGACAGCAAACUGGGACGGAGCGGGAUUCGAACCGCCGGCCUUCCGAUCUUUGGACGACCCGCUCAACCACCUGAGCUACUGCCGCCCCAAUAUGGCAAAAUAUAGUACAUGAUAUGCAGUACUGUGGAAAAAUUGUACAGUCCCCAGUAUGCAAGAAGUUCCCAAAUGGUUUCCUACUUUCCUACAUUUUCAGUGUGCUUGCAUGCUAUAUCCCAUAAUGCUAUGGGUCACUACAGGGGAUCCAGGUCAGAGGGGUCAUGUGACUUGCUUCAUUUUCUGUCAUUGCAUAGUUCUUAUGGCGGCAAAGUUACAGCUUUCUGCAUGCCAGUAUGCAGUACACACUUCAUACACACUGAAUUAGGGCUGAAACUAACCACUAUUUUAAUAGUCGACUAGUCACCGACUAUUGAAACGAUUAGUCGACUAAUCGGAUAAUUAGUCAUUUUUUAAAAAUGUAGUAUGAGGUUGCUUUAAUUAUGUGGCAAAUGAUAAUAAACACAAGAAAGAUGGCACUAGAGCCCUGAUAGUAAAAACUCCCACUAGGGGAGUUUUUACCUGCCAUAAUUGCUCGGGGGUUUAAGUUCUGGUCUCUGGAAAGCGUCUAGAGACAACUUUUGUUGUAUUAGACGCUAUAUAAAUAAAAUUGAAUUGAAUUGAAUUGAUAUAGCGGGACUGUUUUCUUCAUCCUGCUCCCGCAAAACUCUGAGAAUUUAUGCUGCACAAUAAUAGAGAUGCGGGUGAUUAUCUGAAUUCGGUGCCUUUUAUGUCCCACACGUUUAUCUGUCAUUUCUUCAAUUAGAGUAACCAAAAAAAUUGAAAUUUUUAUGGAUUGCUCAGGAACAGAUGACAGCCAAAUGUGCAUGUCCCCAUUGACCAAUGUUACUUUUUCAUUGAAUAUAAAACAACUAAAAAUUGCAUUUCACCCUGAGUUUUUCCUGAUAAUAUAAUCCUAUAUCGUCUGCCUGAAUCAGAAUGUGAAAGAUGAAGUGAAAUCACUCAAGUCUUUUCAAGGUGACACUGUACAGAGAGGUAAGUGUUAGCAUACUUUUCUGCCUAUAUUUGAUUGUUUUUAAUGUCAGAUUGAGUAUGUUGAGCUCAACCAUUCAACACUGUUACACAAAUAAAUGACAGAUACUAUUUGUGAGGGAAAAGCAAACAAUAGUGUUGGAAAUAUAUGUUAAUUUCAUGGCUUUCUAAUGCCAAGUGGUGCUCCAUGCUAGCUAAAUAUGGACAAGAAGGCUAGUUGAAGCUAAAAACUUCAACCCCGUAACAUUCAACCCUGUAACAAAGAGCACUGUUACAGGGUUGAAUCAUUGUUACAGGGUUGAAAGUAGGACAGUUCUUAUGUCCAUUCAGUUUGAGUUUUAUGUGGACAGUGUGAAACAUGUAUUGUGUGUGAUAUGUAAAUAAUUAAAUGCAUUCUCAUGUCUAUGUAAAUACUAUGUAUAUCAUGUAAAUAGUAAUGUAAUUACAUGAUUAAUCACCACAACUAUGUAAUUACAUCAUAGUAUGUACAUGAUAUGUUGUAUUGAAGGGGUAGUUCAUAAUUUUUACAUCAAGCCUAAUUUCUACGUUUCAGUUUAUCCCUAUUACUUCCAUUAUAUUGAAAAUAUGGACAGACCUGAAGUAGAUACUGAUAACUGGUCGGAUGUAAAUCUUGACCCAGCUCAAUACUGCAGGGAUCGGCAGUUGUUGUUUCUAUGCUUCUGAUACAUGCUAGGGAUGUGAGCAUUUCAGCCUAACGUCAAAAAUUGUGAACUGGCCCAUUGACUACUUUAUCAUGACUGCUUCUUUUUCUUAACAUUGUUUAAUGGCCAUGAUUUUCAGAUAUGCCAAAAUCUAAUGCAGAGAGGCAAAGGGAGUACAGGGCGAGAAGAAAUGCCAGUCCAAACAGGAGGGAGGAAUACCUCAGGAAAGAGCGUAUCAGGUGGAAGAAAGAUGUAGAGGCAGGAAAAAAGAAAUUCAUU